GAUAAACGUCACAUCCGUUUUUGUCAAACUCGUUGGCAAAUAUGGCAGCGUUUUCUGGUAAGAAAUUAAAAUAUAUAUUUUGACUGUAUUCUCACUGUUAUCAGAACUUAUUUAUAAGUGAACAUAUUUAGGAUUGAUUUGAGUCCUGUUCUGCUAGUUUGUGCCAAUAAUGGUUGCCUUUGGUCCACAGAAAUGGGCGUUAUGCCUGAGAUCGCCCAGGCAGUCGAGGAGAUGGGCUGGCUGUAAGUUCACACCGUUCUCAGCUCCACGAUGAACCAUAACAUCAAUGGAGUUGAGCGAAGACAAACUGGGCGGACUGAACCUCCGAGGCGCUGUCAGUCGAUACUUGUAAAAAAAAAAUGUACAUUCUUAAACCCUUGUCGUGUACCUAUGUUUGUCCUCAGUAGCUGCGUGCCUUAGUUUGCUGAAAUCCAUACUUUUUAAAUAAAACUUUCGUCAAUUAUAACCACCGGCUGUUUCGUCAUAUCGACUGACAGCGACUCGAUGUUGUCGGAGGUCCACUCCGCCCAGAGUCGUCGCAACCUAACUCCACAGAGAUGUACAUAUCGUGGAGUUGAGAAACCCAACUAGCUGUAGCUAACGUUAGGCUACUGAGCUAGGUAGCUAGUCAGCGUGUUAUAUCCUUUGCUAUAUUCUCGCGUUUUAGCUACGUUUUAUGCUAAACUGAUUUUUCUUCAUCAGUGACCAGCAAUGUCUCACUAUGGUCACCAAUGAAUGUAGCCAUACUAACUAUAGGGACUAGCUACGUGAUGACAGUCAUGUAUUCGUUCCAUGCACAAGAUAUUGGUAUAAACUGUAUGGCAGAAGGCCGAAUACGCAUGUUAUGUAAACACUUUGCUCUGACUAUCACUUCAUCGUAAUUCAUGAAUCGAAUGGCACGCAUGAAACACCUGUUGUCGAGCAAUUUGAUUUAAGACAGUAAUCAGUUUUCGUCAUUCCACGGGGGGCAAUUUGAUCUCAAUUGCAUUCCUCUUAAAAGGGCUCUGAUACAAGCAUUGCUAGCACGUCAAUUGUACGGUGAUCACCUUAGAAGUUUCAGAACAUCUACUUCUUGGUUUGCAAGAGUUAUGAGAAUUGCGAUCAAGGAUUAGUUAUGUACGUUUUACAGACUACCGCCCCCAUACCAUUAACCAAUCAGAUAAUCCGGAUCAAUACCGUUCUGUGCAUCUUGGAGCUCUCAUUCGUUAUCGACCUUAUACUAGUCGCGGUGUAUUUGAUCUGCGCAUGUGCCAACAACAGGUACUGCAAGCAUCCCUCUUAAAGGCGCUGCAUAGUCAAACCGCCAUCUGCAUUGGCCGUGCAGCAUUUACGGUGAUACAGCCUCUGCAGAAGUCAGAACAUUCAUACUUCUUGCGGUUUGCAGAGCUGUUGUGAAGGAAUUUGUCAAGGAAGUGAGUUGGUUUAUACAGGACCACCCGCCCCCCACCUACCGUUAACCAAUCAUGUCAAUACGGAGCUCAAUUUGGCCUCUGCUUGCGUCUGUGGCUCCUCAAUUGCGUCACACCCUUAAUACUGAGUCGCCGACUCCAUUUCGGAUCAAGCAUAAAUUGGCUAUUAUCGAUGAGUGUAGUGAGUUAGGAAAAACUUAAAGUAUGCAUCUUAAAUAAUUUUCACAAUCACAUUUUAUAUGUCUGAACUGGAAUCAAAUAGUCUGCGCAAAAAUACCAUGGUCCACUGUGGUAUAACAUUUUAUUUUGAUUGGCUAUUUUAUAUAUUUAUCCGAAGUCCCAUCAGUAACCUGACUUCAGAUGUGUCCAUCGAAACAGGAUUAUUCUGGAAAUCGUUCUUGCAAGGCAUGUAAACGUGCUCAUUGAUUGUCAUCCAGCUAUGGUCCUCUGUAGCUCAGCUGGUAGAGCACGGCGCUUGUAACGCCAAGGGUAGUGGGUUCGAUCCCCGGGACCACCCACACACCAAAAAAUUUAUGCACGCAUGACUGUAAGUCGCUUUGGAUAAAAGCGUCUGCUAAAUGGCAUAUUAUUAUUAUUAUUAUUAUUAUUAUUAUUAUUAUUAUUAUGUAACUACUGACUGUGACUGUCCCAGCCUCCCCACAGACAUCCAGGCGGAGUCCAUUCCAUUGAUCCUGGGAGGAGGAGAUGUACUCAUGGUGAGAAACUGGCCAUUUUAUAUAAAACAGUUCAACCAUUACUAAUAAUUCAGUGUAUUGACUCCACCUGAUCCUGUUGCCGAUUCUGUUGUCUUCAGGCGGCAGAGACUGGGAGUGGUAAGACUGGGGUGAGUACAACACCUUCACUCCAUACAGUGUUAUUGUCAAAACCAGCACCUAAUAGAGUCCAGCGGUCCUCCAAACUUAUCUAGCAUGAGCUUCUUUAAAAAAAAAAUGAAACAUGUCACCAGCUUUCAAAUAGUCCCAUUCUUCUCUUCUCUCCUCUCCCCUGCAACUCUUCUCCAGGUCCUUGGUGUACAAGAGAUGAGUUUUGUGUCAAUAUACCUGGGAAAAUAAUGGUUAAUAAACAACUGAGGGGCCCCAUAAAAUUAUCAUCUUCUUCUGUAUUUUCUGGAAUUGUGUUAAUUUAUUUUCAGUUUUUUACUCUCAAUAGUACAAUUAUUAAUAGAGCAACAACGGACAUGAUGUUCUGAAUCCAUGUCAAUGCUUAAAUCACCAGAAGACCAAUUUUGAGGUCUGAAAAAAAACAAAAACAUUUUACAAUUUUUUUGUGUGUAAUUCCCCUUUAUUUGCGCAUUUAGUGUUAAAAUAUUUACCAAAUAAACUAAAGUAAAAAAUAACAAUCAAAUUACAUAACAAUAACGAUGCUAUAUACAGGGGAUACCGAGUAUGUGUGGGGGUACAGGUUACAUUUACAUUUACAUUUUAGUCAUUUAGCAGACGCUCUUAUCCAGAGCGACUUACAGUUAGUGCAUACAAUUUUUCAUAUUGGCCCCCCGUGGGAAUCGAACCCACAACCCUGGUGUUGCAAACGCCAUGCUCUACCAACUGAGCUACAUCCCUGCCGGCCAUUCCCUCCCCUACCCUGGACGACGCUGGGCCAAUUGUGCGCCGCCCCAUGGGUCUCCCGGUCGCGGCCGGCUACGACAGAGCCUGGAUUCGAACCAGGAUCUCUAGUGGCACAGCCUUAGACCACUGCGCCACUCGGGAGACAGUAGUCCAGGUAGUUUGUACAUGUAGAUUAAGGUGAAGUGACUAUGCAUAGAUAAUAAACAGUGGGUAGCAGCAGUGUAAAAACAGGGGGGUCAAUGUAAAUAGUCCGGGUGGCCAUUUGAUUAAUUGAUCAGCAGUCUUAUAGCUUGGGGGGUAGAAGCUGUUAAGGAGCCUUUUGGACCUAGACUUGGCGCUCCGGUACCGCUUGCGGUACAGUAGCAGAGAGAACAGUCUGACUAGGGUGGCUGGAGUCUUUGAUAAUUGUUUGAGCCUUCCUCUGACACCGCCUAGUAUAGAGGUCCUGGAUGCCAGGAAGCUUGACCCUAGUGAUGUACUGGGCUGUACGCACUACCCUCUGUAGCGCCUUAUGGUCGGAUGCCGAGCAGUUGCCAUACCAGGCGGUGAUGCAACCGGUCAGGAUGCUCUCAGUGGUGCAGCUGUAUAACUUUUUGAGGAUCUGGGGACCCAUUCCAAAUCUUUUCAGUCUCCUGAGGGGGAAUAGGCUUCAUCGUGCCCUCUUCACGACUGUCUUGGUGUGUUUGGACCAUGAUAGUUUGUUGGUGAUGUAGACACCAAGGAACUUGAAACUCAACCCGCUCCACUACAGCCCUGUCGAUGUUAAUGGGGGCCUGUUCGGCCCUCCUUUUCUUGUAGUCCACGAUCAUCUCCUUUGUCUUGGUCACGUUGAGGGAGAGGUUGUUAUCCUGGCACCACACUGCCAGGUCUCUGACCUCCUCCCUGUCUCAUCGUUGUCAGUGAUCAGGCCUACCACUGUUGGGUCGUCAGCAAACUUAAUGAUGGUGUUGGAGUCGUGCCUGGCCAUGCAGUUGUGGGUGAACAGGGAGUACAGGAGGGGACUGAGCACGCACCCCUGAGGGGCCCCCGUGUUGAGGAUCAGCGUGGCAGAUGUGUUGUUGCCUACCCUUACCACCUGGGGGCGGCCCGUCAGGAAGUCCAGGAUCUAGUUGCAGAGGAGGUGUUUAGUCCCAGGGUCCUUAGCUUGGUGAUGAGCUUUGUGGGCACUAUGGUGUUGAACGCUGAGCUGUAGUCAAUGAACAGCAUUCUCACAUAGGUGUUCCUUUUGUCCAGGUGGGAAAGGGCAGUGUGGAAUGCGAUUGAGAUUGCGUCAUCUGUGGAUCUGUUGGGGCGGUAUGCGAAUUGGAGUGUGUCUAGGGUUUCCGGAAUGAUGGUGUUGAUGUGAGCCAUGACCAUCCUUUCAAAGCACUUCAUGGCUACCGACCUGAGUGCUACGGGGCGGUAGUCAUUUAGGCAGGUUACAUUCUUGGGCACAGGGACUAUGGUGGUCUGCUUGAAACGUGGGUAUUACAGACUCUGUCAGGGAGAGGUUGAAAAUGUCAGUGAAGACACUUGCUAGUUGUGCCGCGCAUGCUCUGAGUACACAUCCUGGUAAUCCGUCUGGCCCCGCGGCCUUGUGAAUGUUGACCUGUUUAAAGGUCUUGCUCACAUCGGCUACGGAGAGCAUGAUCACACAGUCAUCCGGAACGGCUGGAGCUCUCAUGCAUGCUUCAGUGUUGCUUGCCUCGAAGCGAGCAGCAAAGGCAUUUAGCUCGUCUGGUAGGCUCGCGUCACUGGGCAGCUCACGGCUGGGUUUCCCUUUGUAGUCCGUAGUAGUUUGCAAGCCCUGCCACAUCCGACGAGCAUCAGAGCCGGCGUAGUAGGAUUCAAUCUUAGUCCUGUAUUGACUCUUUGCCUGUUUGAUGGUUCGUCUGAGGGCAUAGCGGGAUUUCUUAUAAGCGUCCGGAUUAGUGUCCUGCUCCUUGAAAGCAGCAGCUCUAGCCUUUAGCUCGGUGCGGAUGUUGCCUGUAAUCAAUGGCUUCUUGAUGAAUCCCGGAACAUAUUCCAGUCUGUGCUAGCAAAACAGUCCUGUAGCGUAGCAUCUGCGUCAUCUGACCACUUCCAUAUUGAGCGAGUCACUGGUACUUCCUGCUUUAGUUUUUGCUUGAAAGCAGGAAUCAGGAGGAUAUAAUUAUGGUCAUAUUUGCCAAAUGGAGGGCGAGGGAGAGCUUUGUAUGCGUCGGUGUGUGGAGUAAAGGUGGUCUAGAGUUUUUUUUUGUUUUUUUUCUGUGGUUGCAUGUGACAUUCUGGUAGAAAUUAAGUAAAAUGGAUUUGUUUCCCUGCAUUAAAGUCCCCGGCCACUAGGAGCGCCGCUUCUGGAUGAGCAUUUUCUUGUUUGCUUAUGGCCUUAUACAGCUCGUUGAGUGCGGUCUUAGUGCCAGCAUCGGUUUGUGGUGGUAAAUAGACAGCUACGAAAAAUAUAGAUGAAAACUCUCUUGGUAGAUAAUGUGGUCUACAGCUUAUCAUGAGGUACUCUACCUCAGGCGAGCAAAACCUUGAGACUUCUUUAAUAAUAGACAUCGCGCACCAGCUGUUAUUGACAAAUAGACACACACCCACCCCUCGUCUUACCGGACGUAGCUGUUCUGUCCUGCCGAUGCACGAAAAACCCAGCCAGCUCUUUAGCUAUUGUGUGUGUGUGUGUGUGUUAUGUUUAAGCAAUAAGGCCCGAGGGGGUGUGGUAUAUGACCAAUGUGCCAUAGCUAAGGGCUGCUCUUAAGCACGGCGCAACGAGGAGUGCCUGGAUACAGCCCUUAUUCGUGGUAUAUUUGCCAUGUAUGACAAACCCCCGAGGUGCCUUAUUGCUGUUUAUAAACUGGUUACCAAUGUAAUUAGAAGAGUGAAAAUAUGUUUUGUCAAUCAUAAUUCAGGGCUCGAACCACCCAUUUUAUAAUUGGCUUUUUAAGCCAAUAGUGGCUAAUCAGGGUUGGGAUAAUGUCAAUGUGGCUUUGAUUGGAUAGUAGCUGGGAGCUGUUAUGUUUGACAGUUUGCGAUGGAACAAAAAUGUUCAGAAUUGCUUGGGGAGCUACUCCUAAUUGGGUUCCAAGCUACUGGGAUCUGGACCUGUUGGAGACCAUAGUUCUAGUCUAAACCAGAACCUACUGGACUCUAGUCUAAAGACAUUGGCUCCCCCUUUCUCCCAUGAAAGUAAUGGUACUACUGUCAAUAAAAUGUAAAGGUCUAGAGUGAAAUCUAGAUGUAUAAUAUGCUAACUACUCAAAACAUCAAAUACUACACCUUCCUCUCGUUCUCUCUCUUUCUGUCCCUCCCUGUUCUCCUUCCCUCCCUGUCCUCCCUCCCUGUCCUCCCUCCCUGUCCUCCCUCCCUGUCCUCCCUCCCUGUCCUCCCUCCCUGUCCUCCCUCCCUGUCCUCCCUCCCUGUCUUCCCUCCCUGUCCUCCCUCCCUGUCCUCCCUCCCUGUCCUCCCUCCCUGUCCACCCUCCCUGUCCUCCCUCCCUGUCCUCCCUCCCUGUCCACCCUCCCUGUCCUCCCUCCCUGUCCUCCCUCCCUGUCCUCCCUCCCCAGGCCUUCAGUAUCCCAGUGAUCCAGAUAGUGUAUGAGACUCUGAAGGACCAGCAGGAGGGGAAGAAGGGGAGGACUGCUGUGAAGACAGGUGGAGCAGGUAAGACAGACAGACAGACAGACAGACAUCUCUUUUCCCUGUCAUCAGUGCUUGAAGUGGGCCGGUGCUAUCCGGUGUGGCCCACUUCAAUUGAUGGAGACAUGUAUGCGUUAAUGCAUACAUUAAAACAAUAAAUGUGACUUUGUUAAAAACAAUCUAACUGCAUAACGUAAUGGUAAAAUUGUUAUUUAAGUGGUAAAUCUCUUGAUGAACUGGGUAAAUUAAGAUGGCAUAGGCCUGCUCAAUACAGGUGUGUAUCCAUGUCAGAGCAAAAACCAAGCCAUGAGGUGGAAGGAAUUGUCCGUAGAGCUCCGAGACAGGAUUGUGUCGAGGCACAGAUCUGGGGAAGGGUACCAAAAUAUGUCUGCAGCAUUGAAGUUCCCCAAGAACACAGUUGCCUCCAUCAUUCUUAAAUGGAAGAAGUUUGGAACCACCAAGACUCUUUCUAGAGCUGGCCGCCCGGCCAAACUGAGCAAUCGGGGGAGAAGGGUCAGGGAGGUGACCAAGAACCCGAUGGUCACUCUGACAGAGCUCUAGAGUUCCUCUGUGGAGAUGGGAGAACCUUCCAGAAGGACAACCGUCUCUGUAGCACUCCACCAAUCAGGCCUUUUAUGGUAGAGUGGCCAGACGGAAGCCACUCCUCAGUAAAAGGCACAUGACAGCCCGCUUGGAGUUUGCUAAAAGGCACCUAAAGACUCUCAGACCAUUAGAAACAAGAAUCUCUGGUCUGAUGAAACCAAGAUUGAACUCUUUGGCCUGAAUACCAAGCGUCACGUCUGGAGGAAACCAGGCACCAUCCCUACGGUGAAGCAUGGUGGUGGCAGCAUCAUGCUGUGGGGAUGUUUUUCAGCGGCAGGGACUGGGAGACUAGUCAGGAUCAAGGGAAAGAUGAACGGAGCGAAGUACAGAGAGAUCCUUGAUGAAAACCUGCUCAGGACCUCAGACUGGGGCGAAGGUUCACCUUCCAAUGACCCUAAGCACACAGCCAAGACAACACAGGAGUGGCUUCGGGACGAGUCUCUGAAUGUCCUUGAUUGGCCCAGCCAGAGCCCGGGCGGGGAUUGUAUUGCUAUAACUCCCUGCUUUCAACCAAUCAGCAACCAGGAUCCAAACAACCUGUUUUUAUAAUGCCAGAUACUGUUGUACUAGCGACCUUUGACCUGUCUGUUUCUGUCUGUUCCAGUCUUCAACAAAUGGCAGAUGAACCCGUAUGACCGAAGCACAGCUUUCGGUGAGUGUACCAGUCAAAGGGCUCCUGCCACGUUUAGAUUUUCAAGAUGGCAGCCUACAUUUUUUUUUACCUCUGUCCCCCCCCCCCCUCCUCUCUAUUUAUCUUCUCCUUCUCCCCUCCAGCCAUUGGACCGGACGGACUGUGUUGUCAAAGCAGGGAGUUUAAAGAAUGGCACGGCUGUCGCUCUACCAAAGCCAUCACCAAGGGUAAGAAACACACACAAAACGUACACUACCAAAGCUAUCAUCACCAAUGUACACAUGCUGCCACCAAGGUUAGAAACUGACCUAUGUAUUGUUAAUGUUUAUGCUCCGUCUCUUCUCAUCUCUCUCCCGCCUCAUCUCUCCUCAUCUCACUCUCCCGCCUCAUCUCUCCUCAUCUCUCUCUCUCCCGCCUCAUCUCUCCUCAUCUCUCUCUCCCGCCUCAUCUCUCCUCAUCUCUCUCUCUCCCGCCUCAUCUGUCCUCAUCUCUCUCUCUCCCGCCUCAUCUCUCCUCAUCUCUCUCUCUCCCGCCUCAUCUCUCCUCAUCUCUCUCUCCCGCCUCAUCUCUCCCUCAUCUCUCUCCUCCCCGCCUCAUCUCUCCUCAUCUCUCUCUCUCCCGCUUCAUCUCUCCUCAUCUCUCUCUCCCGCCUCAUCUCUCCCACCUCAUCUCUCCUCAUCUCUCUCUCCCGCCUCAUCUCUCCUCAUCUCUCUCUCCCACCUCAUCUCUCCUCAUCUCUCUCUCCUGCCUCAUCUCUCCUCAUCUCUCUCUCCCGCCUCAUCUCUCCUCAUCUCUCUCUCUCGCCUCAUCUCUCCUCAUCUCUCUCUCUCGCCUCAUCUCUCCUCAUCUCUCUCUCUCGCUCGUUCUCUCCAUCUCUCUCUCUCGUUCUCUCUCAUCUCUCUCCACCUCUAGGGAAGUACUAUUAUGAGGUAUCAUGUCGUGACCAGGGCCUUUGUAGGAUCGGCUGGUCUACCAGCCAGGCAGCUUUGGACUUAGGCAAGUCUACACACUAAGUCCAGUUCAUUCAUUGGACGGGUGAAAUGAGCAUCAGCUGAUUGUUUAUUCAAUGUGUGUGUGUACUUUUCAAAUAAACCAUCAAUGUUUACUGUGCUGUCACUGUCUGUCGAUGUUUUAACCAUCACUACUGUUGUUGUGGUGUUACCAGGUACCGAUAAGUACGGCUUUGGCUUCGGAGGAACGGGGAAGAAAUCUCACAACAAACAGUUUGACAGUUAUGGAGAGGUACGCUAUAGAAACCCAAACAUUUACCUAUGGCUCUAUUCAAUCCGUAGCGUUGAAGAUCCGCUUUAUAAUUUUCGGAUGGUAAAAUGUUUUCAGUGUAAACUUAAACGACUGUCAGAGAGAAUCUGAAAUUCCCACAAUGUCAUGGCACCUGCAGGGCCUACUUUGGGUCCCGACCCAUAGUUUAAGAAACCCUGAUUUAGGGAGUAGGGAGCCAUUGGACAGACAGUAGUCAGUCAGUCACCAGUUGUCUCUGUGUGUGUGUGUGUGUGUGUGUGUCCUGUAGGAGUUCACCAUGCAUGACACCAUGGGAUGCUACCUGGAUCUGGACAACGGACACCUCUCCUUCUCCAAAAACGGUUAGCUGCAUUCCUGUGUUGUGCGUACCGUGUAGAUCAGGGCUCACCAACCCUGUUCCUGGAGAGCUACCCUCCUGUAGGUUUUAACUCCAACCCUGUUCCUGGAGAGCUACCCUCCUGUAGGUUUGAACUCCAACCCUGUUCCUGGAGAGCUACCCUCCUGUAGGUUUUAACUCCAACCCUGUUCCUGGAGAGCUACCCUCCUGUAGGUUUGAACUCCAACCCUGUUCCUGGAGAGCUACCCUCCUGUAGGUUUUAACUCCAACCCUGUUCCUGGAGAGCUACCCUCCUGUAGGUUUUAACUCCAACCCUGUUCCUGGAGAGCUACCCUCCUGUAGGUUUUAUCUCCAUCCCUAAACUAGCGCACCUGAAUCUAAUAAUUAGCUGGUUGAUAAGAUGAAUCAGGUUAGUUACAACUAGGGUUGGAGUUAAAAAAUCUACAGGAGGGUAGCUCUCCAGGAACAGGGUUGGAGUUAAAAUUAGGAUACGUGCAAAUGUUCAUUCCAUAAUGCAAUUAACGGGAAAACACUGUUGUCGAAAGCCACUGCGCAUGUGAGCGGUUUCAUAUGACAGUGAUUAAAAUGUCCGCUUUAAAUAUAGAGAGGGGAGAUUUUUUUAAGAUGCAACAACUAGCAUGGGUUGCUAAUAUGAUUAUGUAAAUAGGCCAGUUUGUCUGGCUUGCCGUUCCAAAUAAAAUGGAAUAUGUUUUGCUGAUAUAAUUUUAAAAACAGGUCGCUAGGUGUAGGCAAGACCAUAAGUAAAUAGGUAAACUGGGAUAAUACUAAAGAGUUAAUCAGGGGGAUUUGUCCACAAAUAGACAGGUAUUGUCCUUUCCAUGGUAGCAGAAUCUUAUCUACUUUUGCUGACAGUAAGGACUCGCGCGCUCUCUCUCUGGUACUGACCUGGGAUCUGUCUCUCUCUUUCUCAGGUACUGACCUGGGCUUGGCGUUUGAGAUCCCAGCUCAUCUGAAGAACCAGCCCUUCUUUGCUUCCUGUGUUCUCAAGGUCACACACACACACACACACACACACACACACACACACACACACACACACACUACCGGUCAAAAGUUUGGACAUCUACUCAUUCAAGGGUUUCUCUUUAUUUUUACUUUUUUCUACAUUGUAGAAUAAUAGUGAAGACAUCAAAGCUAUGAAAUAACACAUAUGGAAUCAUGUAGUAACCAAAAAAAGUGUUAAACAAAUCCAAAUAUAUUUUGCCUUGAUGACAGCUUUGCACACUCUUGACCUGUACAGAAUAAAAAUAUCCCGAAACAUGCAUCCUGUUUGCAACAAGGCACUAAAGUAAAAUUGCAAACAAUGUGGCAAAUAAAUUAAUUUUAUGUCCUGAAUAUGAAGCGUUAUAUGUUUGGGCCAAAUCCAAUACAACACAUUACAGAGAACCACUCUCCAUAUUUUUAAGCAUAGUGGUGGCUGCAUCAUGUUAUGAGUAUGCUUGUAAUCGUUAAGGCCUAGGGAAUUUUUCUGGAUAUAAAAGAAACGGAUUGGAGCUAAGCACAGGCAAAAUCCUAGAGGAAAACCUGGUUCAGUCUGCUUUCCACCAGACAUUGGGAGAUGAAUUCACCUUUCAGCAGGACAGUAACCUAAAACACAAGGCCAAAUCUACACUGGAGUUUCUUACCAAGACGACAUUGAAUGAUCCUGAGUGGCCGAGUUACUGUGUUGACUUAAAUCUGCUUGAAAAUCUACGGCAAGACCUGAACAUGGUUGUCUAGCAAUGAUGAACAACCAACUUGACAGAGCUUGAAGAAUUUUUAAAAGAAUAAUGGGCAAAUAUUGUACAAUCCAGGUGUGCAAAGCUCUUAGACUUACCCAGAAAGACUCACAGCUGUAAUCGCUGCCAAAGGUGAUUCUAACAUGUAUUGACUCAGGGGUGUGAAGACUUAUGUCAAUUAGAUUUCUGUAUUUCAUUUUAAAUACAUUUGCAAAAAUGUCUCAAAACAUGUUUUCACUUUGUCAUUAUGGGGUAGUGUGUGUAAAUGGGUGAGGGGGGAUAUUUAAUCAAUUUUGAAUUCAGGCUGUAACAUAACAUGUGGAUAAAUCAGGGGGGGUAUGAAUAUUUUCUGAAGGCACUGUAAAUACCUAUAUGACAUUAAUACUAUUUAUAUUGUUUUGUAAAGGAACAGUAAGCCAUACAAUUAUCUACACAUAUUCAUAAGUUCCAACAUUCACUGUUCACAUGUAGAGCUCCAACCAAUAUUCACUCAUCUCUUCUCUCCUUCUGACAGAAUGCAGAGCUGAAGUUUAACUUUGGGGGGGAGGAGUUUAAGAACGCCCCCAAGACGGGCUUCGUAGCCCUGGACCAAGCUGCUGAGGGACAUGUGGUCAAAUCCAGCCAGACAGGUAGGGGGUGUGGUCAAAUCCAGCCAGACAGGUAGGGGGUGUGGUCAAAUCCAGCCAGACAGGUAGGGGGUGUGGUCAAAUCCAGCCAGACAGGUAGGGGGUGUGGUCAAAUCCAGCCAGACAGGUGGGGGGUGUGGUCAAAUCCAGCCAGACAGGUAGGGGGUGUGGUCAAAUCCAGCCAGACAGGUAGUGGGUGUGGUCAAAUCCAGCCAGACAGGUAGGGGUGUGGUCAAGUCCAGCCAGCCAGGUAGGGGUGUGGUCAAAUCCAGCCAGACAGGUAGGGGGUGUGGUCAAGUCCAGCCAGACAGGUAGGGGGUGUGGUCAAGUCCAGCCAGACAGGUAGGGGUGUGGUCAAGUCCAGCCAGCCAGGUAGGGGUGUGGUCUAGUCCAGCCAGACAGGUGAGAAACUAACCAAUGAAUACUGUUUAGCAACUAUUACCUCAAUAACCCUGCCACCUUUAGAUACCAUCCUGAAUAUACAAACACCAUUACUUUUUCCCCUUUCCCCAUUGGUACCCUAGUAGUUGAAUGUCUCUCUCUCUCUGAUGUAGGCAGUGCUAAGGUGUCAGAGGUGAAAGCUGUGUCCAGUGGUCCCAAAGCUCUGAUCAUUGAGCCGUCUAAAGAGCUAGCUGAACAGACUCUCAACAACGUUAACCAGUGUAAGAGAUAUGUGGACAAUCCCAAGCUCAGGUACAGUACAGUACAUACCUCUCUGUCAGUGUCGCUCUCUCUGUCACUGUCGCUCUCUCUGUCACUGUCGGUCUCUCUGUCACUGUCGGUCUCUCUGUCACUGUCGGUCUCUCUGUCACUGUCGGUCUCUCUGUCACUGUCGGUCUCUCUGUCACUGUCGGUCUCUCUGUCACUGUCGGUCUCUCUGUCACUGUCGGUCUCUCUGUCACUGUCGGUCUCUCUGUCAGUGUCGGUCUCUCUGUCACUGUCGGUCUCUCUGUCAGUGUCGGUCUCUCUGUCAGUGUCGGUCUCUCUGUCAGUGUCGCUCUCUCUGUCUGUCAGUGUCGCUCUCUCUGUCUGUCAGUGUCGCUCUCUCUGUCUGUCAGUGUCGCUCUCUCUGUCUGUCGGUCUCUCUGUCUGUCAGUGUCGGUUUCUCUGUCUGUCGGUCUCUCUGUCUGUCAGUGUCGGUCUGUCAGUGUCGGUUUCUCUGUCUGUCGGUUUCUCUGUCAGUGUCGGUUUCUCUGUCUGUCGGUCUCUGUCGGUUCCUCUGUCACUGUCUGUCUGUCACGGUCUGUCUCUUUCUCUCUCUCUCCUGUAAUGUGUGCAGCGUUACGCUGUGUAUUAUCAGUGUGUGUGUAACGCUGGGUGUAUUAUCAGUAUGUGUGUAACGCUGGGUGUAUUAUCAGUAUGUGUGUAACUCUGUGUGUAUUAUCAGUAUGUGUGUAACUCUGGGUGUUAUUACAGAGAUCUUCUGAUCAUCGGUGGUGUUCCUGCUAGAGACCAGCUGGCUGUACUGGAGCAAGGGGUAGGUUCUGUUAACCCCAUAGGAGUCUGGGGGGGGGAGCUGGCUGUACUGGAGCAAGGGGUAGGUUCUGUUAACCCCAUGGGAGUCUGGGGGGGGGGAGCUGGCUGUACUGGAGCAAGGGGUAGGUUCUGUUAACCCCAUGGGAGUCUGGGGGGGGGGGGAGCUGGCUGUACUGGAUCAAGGGGGUAGGUUCUGUUAACCCCAUAGGAGUCUGGGGGGGGGGGUGGCUGUACUGGAGCAAGGGGUAGGUUCUGUUAACCCCAUAGGAGUCUGGGGGGGGGGAGCUGGCUGUACUGGAGCAAGGGGUAGGUUCUGUUAACCCCAUAGGAGUCUGGGGGGGGGGAGCUGGCUGUACUGGAGCAAGGGGUAGGUUCUGUUAACCCCAUAGGAGUCUGGGGGGGGGGGGUGGCUGUACUGGAGCAAGGGGUAGGUUCUGUUAACCCCAUAGGAGUCUGGGGGGGGGGGGGGAGCUGGCUGUACUGGAGCAAGGGGUAGGUUCUGUUAACCCCAUAGGAGUCUGGGGGGGGGGGGAGCUGGCUGUACUGGAGCAAGGGGUAGGUUCUGUUAACCCCAUGGGAGUCUGGGGGGGGGGGGCUGGCUGUACUGGAGCAAGGGGUAGGUUCUGUUAACCCCAUAGGAGUCUGGGGGGGGGGAGCUGGCUGUACUGGAGCAAGGGGGUAGGUUCUGUUAACCCCAUGGGAGUCUGGGGGGGGGGAGCUGGCUGUACUGGAGCAAGGGGUAGGUUCUGUUAACCCCAUGGGAGUCUGGGGGGGGGGGAGCUGGCUGUACUGGAGCAAGGGGUAGGUUCUGUUAACCCCAUGGGAGUCUGGGGGGGGGGGAGCUGGCUGUACUGGAGCAAGGGGUAGGUUCUGUUAACCCCAUAGGAGUCUGGGGGGGGGGGGAGCUGGCUGUACUGGAGCAAGGGGUAGGUUCUGUUAACCCCAUAGGAGUCUGGGGGGGGGGGAGCUGGCUGUACUGGAGCAAGGGGUAGGUUCUGUUAACCCCAUAGGAGUCUGGGGGGGGGGAGCUGGCUGUACUGGAGCAAGGGGUAGGUUCUGUUAACCCCAUAGGAGUCUGGGGGGGGGGGGGCUGGCUUGUACUGGAGCAAGGGGUAGGUUCUGUUAACCCCAUAGGAGUCUGGGGGGGGGGGGGGCUGGCUGUACUGGAGCAAGGGGUAGGUUCUGUUAACCCCAUAGGAGUCUGGGGGGGGGGGGGCUGGCUGUACUGGAGCAAGGGGUAGGUUCUGUUAACCCCAUAGGAGUCUGGGGGGGGGGGGGCUGGCUGUACUGGAGCAAGGGGUAGGUUCUGUUAACCCCAUAGGAGUCUGGGGGGGGGGCUGGCUGUACUGGAGCAAGGGUAGGUUCUGUUAACCCCAUAGGAGUCUGGGGGGGGGGGGAGCUGGCUGUACUGGAGCAAGGGGUAGGUUCUGUUAACCCCAUAGGAGUCUGGGGGGGGGGGGGCUGGCUGUACUGGAGCAAGGGGUAGGUUCUGUUAACCCCAUAGGAGUCUGGGGGGGGGGGGCUGGCUGUACUGGAGCAAGGGGUAGGUUCUGUUAACCCCAUAGGAGUCUGGGGGGGGGGGCUGGCUGUACUGGAGCAAGGGGUAGGUUCUGUUAACCCCAUAGGAGUCUGGGGGGGGGGGCUGGCUGUACUGGAGCAAGGGGUAGGUUCUGUUAACCCCAUGGGAGUCUGGGGGGGGGGGGGGCUGGCUGUACUGGAGCAAGGGGUAGGUUCUGUUAACCCCAUGGGAGUCUGGGGGAGGAGGGGGGGGGGGGGGGGGGGGGGGGGGGGGGUUUAACCCUAACCCUAAUAAGCUAUAUGGAAGGUCUUACCAAGGAUAAUUUAGCUAUUUGAUUUAGAUUUUUAAGACCCCUUGAACUAUCAAAAAAAUAUACAAACAUUAUUUGAUGAGAAAAUGUUUUGGGCCUUACUGCUAUUAGCCCAUAGAAACGAAUUGAAUAACAAUUUCACUACAUGGAACAACAGAUGGUCCCAAAAGGACGUUUGUUCUGAAGUGUCUGUCCUAUAUCUGAGAGAUAAGAAAGAUCAGGAAACAUUUGUUAUUUUUUGACAUGCAUGUUAAAUACACUGCAUCACAGUGUCUUGUCCAGAACAUUGAGUCAUUGAAACUGAAACAGUGCAUCCCGAAUGGAGGCAGGAAACAAUGUACCAGACCAGCUGUGAUUUACAACCUGAUAGCAAUAUAUUUUUGGACUACCAAGAAAUGUACUGGUGAAUUAUAUUAAUCAUGCAUUCAACUACAUCCAUCUAUUCUGCCAACAAUGCCUUAGUGUACAUCAUAGAAUGUUGAGUCAAAUAGAACCUAUUUUUAAAACCUCGUAUAAAGUUGGUGUUGCAGCAUAAACUGGGAAUUUGAUAUUUUUGACUGAUAUUAAGAUUUGUUUCGUAUCUGCAAAGUAGUUAAAACGCUGUCAGUUCCACUUUUUAACUACUUUUCCAUCCUCUUCCACUAUUUCUCCCUUUCAGGUGGACAUGGUGGUUGGAACGCCAGGUCGUCUUGACGACCUCAUCUCUACAGGGAAACUCACCUUGUCUCAAGUCCGCUUCCUGGUCCUGGAUGAGUGUGUAUGUACCUCUGACUGUCGGGUGUCUUGUUAAUUUAUAUUCUCUUUGCUGUUCUGUGUUGCCCAAAACAGAGCAGGGGUCCUCCAAACAUUUCUAGCAUGAGCUAUUUAAAAAAAUAAUAAAACAUGUCACCAGCUUUCAAAUAGUCCCAUUCUUCUCUUCUCUCCUCUCCCCUGCAACUCUUCUCCGGGUCCUUGGUGUACAAGAGAUGGGUUUUCUGUCAAUAUACCUGGUAAAAUAAUGGUUAAUAAACAACUAAAGGGCCCCAUAAAAUUAUCAUCUUCUGUAUUUUCUGGAAUUCUGUUUUUAUUUUUCCUGGUAAAAACAAAAUGCAUUAUCAAUUUUUUUUUUGUCUUUUGUAUUUUUUGGGUGUGUUUUUCUUAAACUCUCAAAAUUACACUGAACAAAAAUAUAAACGCAACAAUUUCAAAGAUUUUACUGAGUUACAGUUCAUAUAAGGAAGUCAAUCAAUUGAAAUAAAUUGAUUAGGCCCUAAUCUAUGGAUUUCACAUGACUGGGAAGGCAGAUGCUGUCUGCCAUCUGCCCGGUACAGUUGAAACCGGGAUUCAUCCGUGAAGAGCACACUUCUCCAGCGUGCCAGUAGCCAUCGAAGGUGAGCAUUUGCCCACUGAAGUCCGUUACGACUCCAAACUGCAGUCAGGUCAAAAUUUGAGAGAAAUAAGCUUUUUGUCCUUAUGGAACAUUUCUGGGAUCUUUUAUUUCAAUGUAUGAAAAAUGGGACCAACACUUUUUUUAAAUGUUGCGUUUUUAUAUUUUUGUUCAGUGUACAGUUAAUAAUAUAGAAACAACAAAUGGAUGUUCUGAGACCAUGUCAAUGCUUAAAUCACAUCAGAAGACCAGUUUUGAGGUAAAAAAUAUAAUAUAUAAUUGUAAAAAAAAAAAAGAUUGUGUAAUUCCCCAUUAGUUGCACAUUUUAGAAAGAGGAAUGUGUCGGUCUAGCAUUGUGUAUUUUAGGCUGCAGCAUGUCAUGGCAGAGUUUGCAAAGGUGGUAUGGCCACCCAAUUUGAUACAAAUAAUUAUGCUGUCUUUGUCAGGUAAGCCUACUCUGCAGUUAACAUUUUAAUUGAGAAGGUUUUUGGGAAAGUCUUUGUCUACCCACAAGACUGUUAUCAUUAGUGUCACUAACUGGCUACACACGGAGUGAUGGGGGCGAUAGUGCUGGAAAUUAAUUGGCAGAUAUUGUGUUAGGUUUGGCUUUUUAAGCCAAUAGUGGCUAACCAGGGGUGGGAUAAUGUCAAUGUGGCUUUGAUUGGAUAGUAGCCAGGAGCUUCUUUAUGACCGUUUGCGAUGGAACAGAUUUUUUAAAAAUUGCAUGUACUUUCAGAAUUGCUUGGUGAGCUACUCGUAAGUGGGCUGGUAGAUACUGUUAGCUGGGGAUCUACCUGUUGGAGACCCCUGGUUACAGACCCCUGGUUACAGACCCCUGGUUACAGACCACUGCCUAGUGUGUAACCUAUAUAAAGCAGUGUAACAUAAAUAUCAUGUUAUCUCCACUCCAGGAUGGUCUUCUCUCUGCGGGCUAUACUGACUUCAUCAUGAGAGUCUACAACCAGAUUCCUCAAGUCACCUCGGACGGCAAGAGACUUCAGGUACAAGACCCCUAGUGUGUGUGUGUGUCCAUGUGUUAACCUAAUAUAUAUAUUACUCUCUCUACCAGGUGAUAGUGUGCUCAGACUGUGUACCCCUCUCUCUACAAGGUGAUAGUGUGCUCAGACUGUGUACCCCUCUCUCUACCAGGUGAUAGUGUGCUCAGACUGUGUACCCCUCUCUCUACCAGGUGAUAGUGUGCUCAGACUGUGUACCCCUCUCUCUACCAGGUGAUAGUGGGUUCAGACUGUGUACCCAUCUCUCUACCAGGUGAUAGUGAGCUCAGACUGUGUACCCCUCUCUCUACCAGGUGAUAGUGUGCUCAGACUGUGUACCCCUCUCUCUACCAGGUGAUAGUGUGCUCAGAUCUGUGGUACCCCUCUCUCUACCAGGUGAUAGUGUUGCCUCAGACGGUGUACCCCCUCUCUCUACCAGGUUUGGGCUAGUGUGCUCAGACUGUGUUACCCCUCUCUCUACCAGGUGAUAGUGUGCAUCGACGCUCCACCCUUCGACGUACUCCGUCUACCCGUCAACCGUAACACGUGCCAGACUGGGACCCUCGCCCAGACCACAUCCGGUCAUUGGGGUCAGUAGAAUGUACCCUCUCUCUGUCCAUUGGGUCGAUAGAUAGCCACUCCUGUCCAUCCUGGUCAGUAAAAAGCUUGUCAGAGCGAUCAUGCACUUCCAUGGGUAGCCUGAGAGGAUUCUGUCCCAGAGACCGUACAUCACGUGUCGUACGUCCCCUAAACCGACCCAGCGGGAACGCCUCGCGCCAGAAGAAUCCGGUCAGUGUGGGUCAUGAUAGAAUGACCACUCCUGGUCAUCGGGGGUCGAUGAAUGAACCACUCCUAAGGUCAGUCUGGUAAGGUCGUAUGCACAGUAGUUAAGGCACUGCUCGCAGUGAUCUGUGCCACUAGAAUGGAACCAACUCUGUCGUACCGGGUGACGGAACCAUGGGCGGGUACAUAGCAGUCGUCAGGUAGGGGUGGAAUGGCCGGCGGUGCAGUUGUGAUGCCUUGCAACGCCAAGGUUGUGGGUUCGAUUCCCACGGGGGGCUGGUAUGAAAAUGUAAACACUCCUUAACUGUAAGUCGCUCUGGAUAAGAGCGUCUGCUAAAUGACUAAAAUGUAAAUGUAAUAGAAUAGAACCACUUCCUGGUCAGUCUGGGGUCAGAUAGAAUAGAACCACUUCCGGUUUGAUCAGGGGUCACCAUAGAGUUCAGUAGAGCAGGGUUUCCCAAACGCAGUCCUGGGGCCCCCCUGGGUGCACGUUUAGUUUUUUGCCCUAGCACUACACAGCUGAUUUAAAUAAUCAAAGCUUCAUGAUGAGUUGGUUAUUUGAAUCAGCUGCUAGGGCAAAAACCAAAAUUUGCCCCCAGGGGGUCCAGGACUGAGUUUGGGACCCAGGGGCCCCAGGACUGAGUUUGGACCCAGGGGUAGAGGAUGUGUAUCCUGGAUAGAAAGAAUGAAACUAUCUCCAUUUCUUAUUUUGCUACUAGAAGUUUGACACUCCCUCUUCCUCCUCUCCCCCCUCUCCUUGUUUAUUAAUCUCCCUCUCCCUCUCCCUCUCCCUCUCCCUCUUCCUCCUCUCCCCCCUCUCUCUUUCUUCCUCCUCUCCCCCCUCUCCUUUCUCUCCCUCCUCCUGUCCUGCCUCCCCCCUCCUCUCCUGUGUGUGUUUCAGACUGAUGAGGUCCACGCUAAAGACAACACCAGACCAGGGGCCAACAGCUCAGGUCAGACAGACCCCCUGUCCCCAAUGGGUCCUGGUCAAAAGUAGUGCACUAUAAAGGGCAGGGGUCACCAACUAGAUUCAGCCGCGGGACGAUUUAUUUAGUGAGUGGAUGGUCGGGGGACCGCAACGUAAUAAUUUGUAGACUGCAAAUUUGACCGCAAGAAGCCCAAACAAAUAUAAUAUUUGACUAAAACCUUGAUUACAUUUCUAUAGAAUCACACAUCUCUCUAUUAUGCGUGGGGAUACUUGGGAACAGAUUUCCUAAAUUAAAAUCACUUGGAGCUCAUUUCCUGUUUUUAGUCUUAUCUCCAACAAUGGACAUUUGCUCAGAAGACUUGGGGGUCCAAAUAAAACGGCCCGCGGUGCGCCAGUUGGGGAAUCCUGAUAUCGGGUGCAAUUAGGGCCAUUCUAUUACAUUCUACUGUGCUUUAUUGUAUUCUACCGUAAGGUUAUGGGCUGACCUGUUACCCUGUGUGUGUGUGUCUGUGUGUGUGUGUGUGUGUGUGUGUGUGUGUGUGUGUGUGUGUGUGUGUGUGUGUGUGUGUCUGUGUCUGUGUCUCUCUGUGUGGUGUGUGUGUGUGUGUGUGUGUAGAGAUGUGGUCGGAGGCCAUCAAGAUCUUAAAGGGGGAGUACACCAUCAGAGCCAUUAAGGAGCACAACAUGGACCAGGCCAUCAUCUUCUGCAGGACCAAGAUAGACUGUGACAACAUGGAGCAGUACUUCAUACUGCAGGGGGGAGGUGGGUGACAACAUGGAGCAGUACUUCAUACUGCAGGGAGGAGGUGGGUGACAACAUGGAGCAGUACUUCAU